AUGGAUACACCAAAUAUGUAAAGAUUAUCAUUUAUUAAAGACAAGCAGCAGGAGCUAGAGCCAACAAGCAAACCUUUGAUUAAGCACCUUCCACUAGAUAAGUGUAUUAAUAUGUAAAUUAUUUAGAAUGCAAAACAAAUCAGAUAUCUUUGGAAUCAAUGCUCCUGUUCCUGCUCCAUAAGCUUCUAGAUAAAGUGCAAGACCAAAAACAGAUAUUUUUAGUAAUGAAUGUUAAGCACCAAAAUAAUAAGAAGUAUUUGACAUAUUAUUAUUAUAUUAGGUAAGAUAAAACAAAACAUUUUAAUCUCAAAUAUUUUCAUAAGAAGUUGUUCAAAAUGCACCACCACCACCUGCUCGUUCAAAUCAAACAUUUGAGAAUUCAUAAUAAGAAGUAAAAAGAUAUUAAAAAAAAAAUAAUGACAAUAGAUAAGUUGAUCAUGGAAAAGAUUUCUUAUUUGGGAAGAGUGGUAUUAUUUAUUAUAUAAAUUCCAGAUUUUGAUGAAUAUAAAUCAUUAAAAAGAGCAGCAACUUUAAGUGAAUUCAAACCAAAACUAAAUUAUGAUCCAUAAAAUAGAAGAAAUAAGGAACUUUAUGGUAAUGAAAUAGCUCGUGAACAUCUACCUACUAAAGAAGUUAAUUUAGAAAUAUCUAGUCCAUAAAAAACAAAGAAAUAAUCAUAAUAACAAUAAGAAUAGAAUCCAUCUAACAGAAAAUUAAUGGAAAAUUAAUCUAAUGUUUUUGGAGAUUCUCAAACGUAUAACAUAUUAUUUUCAUUUGCAGUAAGGUUGUGUAAAAUCAAAAAGUAGAAAAACUGACUGCAUCCACAUAAAAAUGGAGUACAGUUGGAGGAUAGAGCAAUAAUUAAGUUAAGGAAUUUGAUCCUGAUACAUAUGCUAAGAAUAGAAAGGAAGCUGAAUUAUAAUCAAGUGUAUUUGGAGAAUAGCCAGUAAAGGUUUAACCAGUUGCAAUAUUAGAAUAAUAAGAAGAAUCUGAAACAUAAUAAGGUAUAAUUUUAUAUAAUAUAGCUCAAUAAUAAUAGCAAUAAAAAGUAUAAAAGCCAAAGGAAAGAUUAAUUCCUAACAAUUAAACAUGGUAAUAGACUGAUUCAGUUAAAAAUAUGAGAGAUUUUGAUCCAACAUAAUCUUAAGUUAAAGAAGAUGUAGAUGCAUCAUAAAAGAAAAUGGAUGCUUUAAAAUCAGCUUUGGAUACUCAUUAAUUUGAAGCUUAAUAAAUUCCAGCAAACUAAAAAAUAUCAAAUAAAAAUCUUAAAGUAAUAAAAUUCAUUUAUUUAAUUAGUAAAAAAAAGAUAUUAUUUAAAGAGAGGAUAAAUAAACUAAAGAUAAAACAACAACAAAAACAUAAGCUAAGAAAAAAUGA